AAACAAAAAAAAAAAAGAAACUUUUUGUUGCGGAAAUAAACAAGGCUAACUCCCAUUGGCUUGAGUCCAUGCAGGCAGCUAUCAAUUGGUGCAGAGCUGAUCGUAGUUUGAAAAAGCAAAGCCACAGUCGGAUGGAACAACCUUUCCAAGUUUUAAUUUUAGUGCCAAUCCAAAAAGGAUUGGCACUUAUACAAAAACCCCUAAGCUCAGUUUCUCACUGAAAUAAACGAGCAGAAGCGGAAUUACGGGCACAGGGAGCAUUGCAGAUCAUCGCCACCUGACUCAGUAGUAUGUGCUAAACGAGCACGGAUCGACGCACAUAAAACCAAAAAAAAAAAAAAAUUUUAUAGGUUUGCAAUAGAAAGUGUCGCCGCUGGUAAUAUUCCGAGCCAUAACCCGCAGUGAAAAAUAUUUUUGAUUUAACAAGUUUGCUAUGCUCGAAUAAUUUAAUUGAAUAAGUUAUAAUAGUUAAUUACCGAGCGGCCAACCUAGCGACGAGGAAGUUGCAUAUUUUUUUGUUUUGGGUUUUGAUAAUAUUCUCUUUUAUUUUUUUUAAUUGUUUUUUUUUUUGCGUUGGGUAUAAUGUGCUAAAGCGAAAAGUUGCCGAUUUAACAAUAAGUGACAAGCAAAGUGAUUUUUGUCGGCAAAUGAAAAUUUAAAACUUUAAUUCAUCUUAAACAAUGCGUCAGAAAAAUAAACACUGCCUUUAAACAUAUUUAUAAAUACCACUCGUAUGAACACCGCCGAAAGUACUUUCGUCGCUGGAUCUGCUAAAUGUUCACUCCUCUGUCGAGAACCAGCAAGGCACCGUCAACGAAGGCAUCCAAUCAACGUCAAGGAACGGACUCUUUUAGAUGCCGGGUGUGUAGAGGCAUCUAUGCGCUACGCAAGUGUCAGCGCUUCUUGAAGCUCACGCCCGAGAAGCGUCUCCGAGCCGUGUUAAUUAACAAAUAUUGCUCCAACUGCCUGGCUCAUCAGCAUUCAGGGGAAUCAUGCCGCAGUGGAGCCAAGUGCAAAAUUUGCAAAAAGGACCACCACACCUUACUCCACAUGCGUGAUCCCCGUAGCGCUCGACCCUCUCGGUCAGACAACAGGCCCACAAGAAGAGCUUCUGGCUCCUCGCCCUCCAGCGGCACAUCACCUCCAAGCCCGAGACGUGCUACUAUACGGACGUCGCUUACGUCCCUUCUCCAGCACAAGGGGGUCAGUAUAUUGCCCACCGCCAUAGUGCUGCUCGACACCGGAAAAAGGACCCUUGAGACUCGGGCUCUGAUCGAUCCAUGUUGUUUAGUAAGCCGCAUUAAUGCAGCCGUGGCAAAGGCCUAUGGCCUUUCCGUCACGCGCAUUGGAGCAGAAGGAGCGUGCACAGCCGUGCUAUGCUCCAAGACAACUCAGAUGUCUCGAGAAGUGGUCUUCAUGGCUGACCCGCAACUCAGCUGCAUAACUCCAGCCCGAGCGAUCAGAGCGGACAUGAAGGACCCGUUCAGCAACGUCGCUUUGGCGGACAACGAAUGGUUCCGUCCAUCUCCAGUCCCUUUGGUACUCGGCGCCGGCGUCUACCCAGACAACAUCCUACCAGGUAUCCUCCCGAGCCAAGGCGGUCUGCCGAUGGCUCAAAAUACCAAGUUUGGAUGGAUACUCUCUGGCAAAUGCACGCAAUAGGAAUUCUUGCAAUCUGCAUAUUACCAAUUGCCAUGGGGGGGGGCUAGUGUCACACAGCAUUGACUGAGCCUCACUCAGUGUGAGACUCACUCACUGAGAGAGACAACUUAAAAUAUGUAAAAUCACUUAAUCAGCAGAGUUUGUUACAUGCAGCAGAAAAUUCUAAUAAAGUGCUUUUUCACCAAUCACAUCAAGGAUUAUUUAUCUGACGCCACCCCCACAAACACCCGACACAAUUAUAAUACCCUCUGCAAGGGAAGAAAAACCAAUGUCUAUGAAGUCAUUGGCAAUAAUGACCUAAUGAAAUUUGUGUAACUAAAAUUCGGUAAAAUAAUUUGUUUACUUAAAAGAGGAAACGAUCAAAGAUUUGUACUUUAAUGGAAAAUUUGACUUAGGACAAUUUUUUCAAAGGCAAACUCAGAAGCCGGAAUACAUAAAAUUGUUAACAUACACAUACAGUGAGACUAGUCUCACUAAAUGAACAAAUUAUCGAAUUUGUAUCAUAAAUAAAUUUUAAAAAAAUAUGGCCAAUAAGUAUUAAAAUAUAUUAAAACUAGCGUUACUAACAAAAGUGAUACAAAUAGACAAAAAUUACGAAAGUCAAAUAAAAGCAAUACUGAAAUAUUAUGAUGAUCCUAUAGAAGAAGGCCGUAAAGGGAUAUCGCGUACCUUGUUAAAAAUUAAGAAAUACUAUUACUGGCCCCAAAUGACUAAAACAAUUACAAAGUAUGUGAAAGCUUGUGUAAAAUCCCAACAAGCAAAGACCACAACACAUACAAAAGCACCAAUGGUAAUAACGAAUACACCGAAUACAGCUAUUGAUACUGUUUUAAAUGAUAUAAUCGGACCAAUACAGCGUUCAGUGAAUGGAAACGAUUAUGCAGUCACUAUAAUAUUUGAUCUAACUUAAUAUCUAGUUACAAUACCAGUAGCAGAUAAAAGUGCGAAAACAGUAGCUAAGGGAUGUUUUGAAUUUUUUGUACUAAAGUACGGCCCUAUGAAGACGUUCACAACGGACAUGAGUACUAAAUACUAAAAUUCAUUAAUAAAUGACGUGAACAAGUAUAUGAAUAUAAAUAUUAUACAAUCAACAGCACAUCAUCACCAGACAUAAGGAACAGUAGAAAGAAGUCAUUGAACAUUCAACGAGUUUAUCCGUUCGUAUAUCGCGACUGAAACAACAAUACACCAUCGACAUACGUGAGUACUGUCCAUACGAACUUGUUUCUGGUAAAUUACCAAGACAGUUCACAGAAUAUUAUAAUAGAACUAAAAUAGACCCUAUAUAAGUAUAACAUAGAUGAUUUUCAAAAGAGUUUAAGUUUAGAUUUGAAAUAGCUUAUAAAAAGCAAAACGAAAUAUAGAAUAUGAUAAACUAGUAAGAGGUUCUAGUCGGGAGCACCCGACUAGGGGAUACCC